CUCCCGGCUGUGCUGCCCCGGGCCAAUGGCCUCCAGGGAACCGCUGCUGAGCGCCUUUAAAGGUGCGGUGCUGCGGCUGCGGGGUGACGGCUCUCCGUGCACCGACGCUUCCCCGCACCUGGCGGCCGCCUGCGCGCUGCUGGAAGGAGCCCUGCGGAAGGGGCUGCGACAGCCGCUGUGGGGCUUCAGGAGAAGGGAUUAUUGGCAGUGCCUGGAGCAGCUUUCCCUCGGGGAGGGAGGGAGACUGAAUCCCAAAGACUGGAUGUUCCCCCUUUUGAUUGGAUGUCAGGGGGAAGCUCUUUCCUAUGAGAGUGUUGAGGUGCUGGAACAGCUGCCCAGAGAGGCUGUGGAUGCCCCAUCCAUCCCUGGAGGUGUUCAAGGCCAGGUUGGAUGGGGCCCUGGGCAGCCUGGGCUGGUAUUAAAUGUGGAGGUUGGUGGCCCUUCCUGCGCUUGGGGGGGCUGGAGAUUCAUGAUCCUUGAGGUCCCUGCCAACCCAAGCUGUUCUGUGAUUCCUCCAUGUGUUAAACCUCAAAGUGCCCAAAAGCUCCCCCAUGUGUUUACCCCCAAACCGUUUGUUCCCCUCUCCCCAAGCAAACCACAUCCUAAAGACCAUAGAUCCCAAAGACCAUGCAUUCUGUCCCCUAUGUUAACCCCUCCCCUUUCCCCAAGCAGACCGAGCCCUCUCUCCAGCAGCCUCCAUAGAGCCUCUACCUGCACGAAGGCACUGACAGCACAGGGCCGUGGCCGCUGCUUCCUGCGCUCAGCUCUGCAGUGCAAAGUGCUGGCAGUGGCCAUGCAGCAGCUGGUGCAGAGCCCUCAGCUCCUGGAGUUCUAUGACUCGUCGGGCUCCAUCCUGGGUAAUGAAGAGCUGCGGGAGCCGUUCCUCUCCCUGGUGCUUGUGCUGACAGAGGUGGAUUUCUCCCUGAACCUGCAGAACUGCAGCUUCUUGGAUGAGAGCUGGCUGCUGCCGGUGUGCGUCAUGUAUGAGACGGUUCCAUGCCGAGCGCUGGGGAUGGUGGUGAGGUACGUGGAUGGCCGUGUCAUUGUCAUUGAGGUGCUUCCUGGGAGCCAGGCAGAGGUGGAUGAGGUGGUGCUGGCUGGGGACGUCCUAGAUGAGAUCAAUGGAUGCUCCUUGAGGAACGCCUACAGCGGGCAGGCCGGGGCGAUGCUGCAGAAGCUGAAGGGACAACCACUGAGCCUCCGUGUGCUGCGGUGGCAGGGGCACGAUGGUGAGGUCUAUGAGCCUUUGCUGCCCUACCUGGAGGCCGUGAAGAAGAAGGAGCCCCAUUUCCAGCUCCAGUGUGGCCCCAGGCGCUGUGACAAGGGGGAGAAGCGGAGGGUGCAGGGGGGCAGGCUGCUCUACAACCUGCGGUACCUGGGCCGGAUCGGUGUUGGGAUGUUUGGAGGCAAAGAGGUGCUGCAGAAAGCCAUUCCUGCUGUGCUGGAGAGCAGCUCAGCACCACGGGAGGUUUUAUUUGAUGUGAAGGAAACGGAAAUCCUUGUACAAGAGAAGGCAUCUCCCAGGGUCCUGUUUCGCCACCCCUACCCUGCAGUCUCCUGCGUGGGACGCUGCCUGAAGACCAGCAAUGUCUUUGCAUUCUGUGUCCUUGCCUCCUCAGGGAGCCCCAAAGGGAGCACGUUUGACUGCCUGGUGUUUGCAUCGAGUUCUGAGCAAGAAUGCGAGGAAAUCAUCCAGAGAAUUGCUGCAGGAUUUAAACACACCGAGUGGUUUGUCUGAUAAGGGAGGGCUGUGGCUCAGCUCUCCUCAGGCUCUGCUGCCCCAGCUGUGCAAGAUGCAGGCUCUGGCUCCUCGAACUGGAACUAGGAAGGUUUCCUUAUACUUGCAGGACAUUGCUGUGGAAGGAAGUGCAGCAAAAGCAGCUGGUCUUUAAAAAAAAAAAAUUGCAUGGAGAGGCCAGUGCUGACUUCCUGCGUGCCUUCAUAUAUGAACUACUGCUUUUCUUCUUCCUAAAACGUCCCUUUGUCUCGAUUUUUCAGUGAAAUAAAUCAAGCUGG